GAUGAUGAAGAUGGCAAUACUGUGGUUGGUAAACAUAAAUGCACUGUAUGACUCACUGAACCUCCCAGAUGCAGAUGAAAUGUUCACCAAAAUAUGCUUCAUAAAAGUGCAGGCAUUCAUGUAGCUGUACCUUCCCAUGCUGUUUCUGCUACAUUAAGUUUUUUUUUCUCAUGGAUGAAGUAAUGGAACUUCUAAUUGAAGCAAUGAAUCAAAAAGGGAAAGUUCUCUAUGCUGAAAAUUGGAAAGACGUAGAUUAUAUUGAAAUAAUCGCAUGGAUAGGUCUCCAUCUCAGAGCUGGGUUGGAUAAUGAUGUCUUUAGCACAAAGACAGGUCAACUAAUUUAUUAUGCUUGUGUGAGACGUCAUUUGUUCAAAGAACUGAAAAAUGCAUAAGAUUUGAUGACAUGUCUACACGGUAAGCUCGGAAAAAUGGUGAUUAUGAGAAGUUGGCACCUAUAUAUGAAGUUUGGCAGGGGUUUAUUGAGUCAUUCCAAAUAAAUUACAAAGCUGGCCCUUAUGUAACUAUUGAUGAAUCUCUGUUGUCCUUCAGAGGAAAAUGCUCAUUCAAAGUGUACAUACCAUCAAAACCAAGUAAAUGUGGGAUAAAAGUUUGGUCUAUGGUUGAUGCUAGUAACACCUACCUUCUAAAUGUGCAGAUACACAUAGGGAAAGGCCCCCGAAGGUCCAUAAUGACAGUGGUCUAAAAAAUUUGUUCGAGAUCUCAGCAAGACUAUUCUAAACUCUGGUAGAAAUAUUACAUGUGGCAACUGUUUUACUGAUGUUGGUCUUGCUUUAGAACUACUCACAAAAAGUGUGACGAUCUUAGGAACCAUCAGAAAGAAUAAAGGUGAAAUACUUCCAUCAUUCCAAGCCUCUUAGGGCCAUUGAUUGUUUUCAACAAAGUUUGGCUUCAGCCAAGAGCAUCAUAUUAUGAUGUGCAGUUAUGUUCCAAAAGUAAAUAAGGCAAAUAUCUUACUGAGCACUAUGCAUUAUGACAACAAAAUACAAGAAAGCGAACCUUUUAAACUAGAUAUGAUUGCAGACCAUAAUGCAACUAAAGGUGGUGUAGAUACAUUAGACCAAUUAGUCGAUUACUCAUGUAAACUCAUAACGAAUAGAUGGCCUUUAGUUAUUUUCUACUGGAUGCUUGAUGUCACAGCACAUAAUUCUGCUGUUUGUUUCAUGGAAAAAGAACCUGAUGCAUACAGAGGACACCAAAAGCGUUGGCACUUCCUUUCUGACUUGUCUGAACAACCUUGUAAAACUGCAAAUCCAAUGGCGUUUCUUGGCAGAACACACAAAACUACCAAAGCAUGUUGUAGUGUGCAUGGAAGCCUUUGAGAGUGGUGAAACAGCGGGACCAUCCCAACACCAACCCCAAGAAAACUGAAAAAGAUGUAAAAUGUAUCCAAGAAAGCUUGACAAGAAAACAAAGAAAUCAUAUACAAUAUUAACUCAAGAAAUAAAAUCUUACUACCAUGGAGUGGAAUUUAAUGAAUGUUGAUGGAAUACGCAACAUCCAUUCAGGGUUGGGGUGCUUGCUGGACAAUGAAUAUAUCAUUGCUGAUGAGUGUGAAGAAACUUUACAGGAAAUCAUUUCAAAAUUGAAAAGUGAAGAUUCGCACAUUAGAUCAUUCCGGCGCCAGAAAAGUAUCUAUAACAUGAUAAGCACUGAUAUAAUCCCAAUUUUGAAGAGCUCAGAUCUAACAGAUGACCUAUUUGUCUUAAUUGUCAAGUUGGAUGGACUUAGUUGCAGUGGAUUUUCUAUGCCUAGCUGCCGUUCCUCUUGUGAAACUACACAUCUUUCCAAAGUUCUAACCGAACUUACAGAACCCAUAGAAUGUCUAUUCCCAAAUAACUUCCGUCAUGAGUCUAGGAACACAGACGUUGUCAAUGAAAUCAUUAACCAUUUACAAUAUAUCAAGCUGCUCUUCUGCCAACAAGAAUCACUCGACCUUUUAUUUUCUCAGGUCAAACCAAUUAUUCAGAAGGGUCAAAACAAAGAAUUUAUUAACCAGUUCCUCUUACUCGUGCGCAACUUGUUGUAUGUACAGGUUUGGGAUAGAGAUAUGGGAUCUGCAGAUAUCCAAUGCAAGUUCAUUAAAAAUAUGUUUGAAUGUGGACUUGAUGAAAUUCUUUUAACACUCUUAAUCCACCCAUCUAGAUUCUGUUGGUCUGUUAACAUUGUACAGUUACUGUCACUUCUAUACACAGAUAAGAUUGUUCUUGGUGGCCUAAAUGCUCAAGGAAGCAGAGUAUCUGAUGAAGUCCUGUUUAAUUUUGACAUCUCUGAGGUUAUGAGUGUGUUCAUUGAAACAGACAGAAAUAUAGCGAGUUCGAUUCCUAUUGAAAAUACCAACCGCUCACAACUUGUAAAUAUCUUGAAGUCUUUUAAUUCUCAGUUUCUUCUCUUGGGAUUUGCUCCUCUUGUCUCUGAUUUAAAGGAGAUUUUGCUGUCAAAAAGCUGUAAUCUUGAUGGCUCCUACUUCAUGUGGCUUUUGAUAUUCUUCUUGAAGAUGGCAAGGAUUCAGGAAAUGGACUUUUCUUGCAUAAGGGAAGUUGUGACUGUUGACAUAAUUGGCUUCUUAGUCUACCAAGGUAUCGAUACUUUUGAAGAACUUUUAAUAUCAAACCAGAAGAAACUGGAAACUGCAACUAAGAAAAAACGGCUUCAUUUCACUGUAGCUUCAAUCAAGGAGAUGCUGAAAACUAUUGAAGUCUAUGACAGUCAUCUUUCGGUGCUUUUGUCCAAGGAUGAUGUCCAAAAUAUGGAAAAUUUGAAAUGUGCUCUCCUUAAUAUGACAGACUUAAGACAAAUGUUUCUCUUGCUGAUUCGAUCUUGGGAGAACCAAAGUUACUCAUUUCUACGAGACUUGAUUGUCACAAACCAUACUUUCCUCUUGCUUCUGGACCAAUGGCACCAACAGAUUCCCAGUACUCAGAACUUUGAGAUGAUUCAGCACAUAAACCAAUUUUCUACAAUCAAAGUGAUGCAGCGAUAUGGUUUCUUGCUGGAGAAAUUUAACAAAAACAGUCCCUGUGUGAAUGACAGCAUUUUUACCAUGAUGCACCAUGUUGCUGGUGAUUGCAAAAGCCCAGAAGUUCUGAUGCAAAUGCCUAUUUUAAAACUAUUCACAGAUCUUUGUGAUGACGACAAAGUUAUUUCUAAUGAAGCCAGUGAUGUAAUGGAAUAUGUAAUGCACAAAUUUAUGGUGACUGCUGCAGAAGAUCCCAGUUUAUGUGCAAAAUAUCUGUUUAGCAUGGAGGCUAAUAACAUGAAUAUUGAUCUGGAUAUUGCUUCAAUGAAUGACUAUAAAUCAGAUGUUUCUAUGUGCUCCAACACUGAUUUUUCACCCCUAACCCAUGGAGCUGUCUGUCCUAAUGCUAUCCACUUAAAUGAUGAUUUCACUGAUUCUGAGAAAAAUAACGAUAAAGAAAGAGAUUUGUUAGAGAAACAAAUUCAGAACAUGAAUAAUGAAACUGUCAUCCAAUUUUGUAUUGCGAAACUACAUGAAAAGAAAAUGUCCUAUCAGCUACUUUGGCUCCAGACUGUUCUCUUGGAGACUUAUUUUGUGAAAUAUGUUGGAACUUCAAAUGAUAAAUACCAAAUGGAGGAGCCAAUACCUUUAUAUUAUUCCCUCCAAAACCGACCUGUUCCACUCAUUCCAUACAACGGUAGACAAGAAACAGCUUUAGAGGAUUGCCACUUCCAGACUUUACUCAAAUACCUCGGUUUCUACAAUGGCAGUAACUCUGGAUGGAUUUUUCCACAUAUUCCAGAGUUCUGGACCAUUGACCAACUCAUGUCAAAGGCUGAAGAAAUUGGACCCCUUAACAAUGCUGCCAUUGACAGCAGAACCCAGGAAGCUUUGCUGGAAAAUCAACCGAACUAUUACCAGGAAAUGCAGUUGAAACGAAUCUACACACUGCACACAUACAUUGUCUCAACACUACAGAACGGUGAUUGGGCAUCAGAAAAGUGGAUUCACAGGCUGCUCUCGUACAACAGGCAAGACAUAGAAAGAUCUGAAAUGACUUUCAAGUGUGAAGACAAAUCUAAUUUGGAUGAUACGCUGGGAUUUAAUAUGUCAAAAGCAUUCUCAAGAUAUCCAGAGCAUAUUGAAACCACAGUCUCAUCAAACAAAACUUUUGAUUUACCAAACUGGAUAGGAUAUCCAUGUGGCAUGAACCAAAUCAUCGAAACCUCUUGAAUUAUUCACUGGAAACACAUACUGAUGUUUUACCAUCACAUCAUCACAACGCAUCAGUUCGUUACAUUACAUCGUGUCGCAUUACAUCACUUUCACACACCACAUCACAUCACAUUGCAUCAGAGCAAUAAAACUUGGACUCAUCUUCACCAACCUGUGCGAUCAUUAAUUAUUACAUAGGAAUUGUUUUCCCCAUAGUGGAACAAACAAGCCAAAAUGAAAAAAAAUUAACAAACAAACAAUAUAUGAAAUAAAAAUAUGUUUAAAACAAUUUCAUUUGAUAAAGAAAACAAAAUUCUGACCAAAAUACAAAUACAAACCAUUGAAAUAAAAGAAAAUAUUUGGUAGUAGAAUCAUUUUGGAGAAGAGGACUUUAGGGAAAAUUUAUACCAAUUUGAGUAAAAUAUUCUUUUUUUUUGUUAAUUUUUAAAAGAAAAUCAAUUUACAUUUAUCAAGUUACUUGGUAUUUAUUUUUAUUUUUUAUUCAUCAGACAGACUUUAUACUUUUCAAUAUUCUUUUCUUUCCACAUUACCAAAUCUUUUGUUAGAUUCCUUUCUUUAUUAGUGUUGGUAAAUGUGUAAGCAUGUAUAUUGUAUGAGUUACGUUUGUGUAUGUAUGCGUGUAUGUUUGUGCUUCUAUGAGAGGAAGAGGUCCAAUGCAUGCAGCUGCAACAGUGAGCAUAUUAAAACAGUGUGUGGAGCAAAAUAAAUAUUUCUUGUUUGAAAUAAUGCACAAAUUAUACUAUGUUAGUAAACAGUGUGAAAACUAUGAAA